AAAAUGGAGGACGCUGGUGGCUCUACAUUUGCUGCCGGCCUGUGCUUGGAAUGGAAACACUUGAACUAUUAUGUCCCGUCCAAGGAGGAAAAUAACUACAGUUUUUGGGAAUCAUGCCGUGCCCAAAGGGAGUUGCAGAUUUUAAAUGAUGUUAGUGGCCACAUGAAAACUGGCGAUCUGGUGGCCAUAUUGGGUUGCAGUGGUGCCGGUAAAACCACCUUAUUGGCAGCAAUAUCACAACGUUUGCGUGGUAAUUUGACGGGGGAGGUGGUAGUGAAUGGCACAGUUAUGUCCCGUUCGGAAAUGAUACGCAUCUCAAGUUUUCUACCCCAAUUUGAGAUAAAUGUUCAGACAUUUACCGCCUAUGAACAUUUGUAUUUUAUGUCCCACUUCAAAAUGCAUCGCAAAACCUCAAAAGCAGAGAAACGCCAACGUGUUGAAGACCUUCUGCUGGCGGUGGGUUUAAGAAAUAUUGCUCAUACUCGGAUUCAACAGAUGUCCGGUGGAGAACGAAAGAGACUUAGUUUGGCGGAGGAGCUAAUCACCGAUCCUCCAUUUAUAUUUUGUGAUGAACCGACCACGGGUCUGGAUAGUUAUAAUGCCUUUACUGUGAUCAAAACUCUACGGCAUUUGUGUACACGUCAUCGCAUCCUGAAUAAAUCUCUAACAUCAUUAUAUGGCGAAGAUUCAUAUUCUUCACCGAGUGGUGAAAGUAGUCCUAGCAGUUCAAUAGAAAUGGAAAUAUUAGAUUCGGAUUUACCCAGUCUGAAAGCGUUGAACAACAGUCCAAAUGGUCGUUAUAAAAAAGCCAUCAUCUGUUCAAUACAUCAACCUACUUCGGAUAUAUUUGAGCUAUUUACGCACAUUGUAUUGAUGGAUGCCGGACGAUUGGUAUAUCAGGGCAGGACAGAAGAUGCUGUGGAAUUUUUUACCAACUUGGGUUAUUCGAUUCCCCACAACUGUAAUCCAGCCGAUUUUUAUUUGAAAACAAUAUCGGAUAGUCAUACCAAUCGCAAGGAUGGAGCUGUUGUAAGAGCUAAACAUAAUUUACAGACCAUGGGUCUGUAUAACAGUAGCUGGUUGCUGCCGAAACCUUACACGGGAGAUUAUUUAAAUAAUAUGAAGAAUUUCAAAAAGAUUUGGUGGCCCAUACAGGUCUAUUUACUGUUAAAACGUUUCGUUAUGGAUGACAGUCGGAAUUUGAAGCAAGGCGUUAUAUCAACGGGAUUUUUUAUGAUUACAUCCGUCACCCUGGCCAUAAUGUAUUCCGGUGUGGUUGGCAUGUCGCAGACUUCGAUCCAAGAUAUUGGCGGUUCAAUAUUUAUGCUUAGCAGUGAAAUGAUAUUUACCUUCUCCUAUGGCGUUACAUAUGUAUUUCCAGCUGCCUUGCCAAUAUUGAGGCGUGAAGUGGGCGAGGGUACUUACAGCUUAUCGGCCUAUUAUGUUGCGGUGGUUCUCUCAUUUAUACCCAUGGCAUUUUUUAAAAGUUAUUUUUUCUUUUCCAUCGUCUAUGCAUUUAUUUACUAUGAGCGUGGUUUUAUGUUAUUCCUAACAAUGGGUUUAAUAUUGGCUCUGUCGGCAGUGGCGGCCACAGGGUAUGGUUUGUUUUUAUCGACAUUGUUUGAAUCGGAAAAAAUGGCAUCGGAAUGUGCAGCACCAUUUGAUUUGGUAUUUUUGAUAUUUGGUGGAGCGUACUAUAAUGUCGAUUCGAUACCAUUUUUGAAAUAUCUGUCACUGUUUUUCUAUUCCAAUGAGGCGCUGAUGUAUAAUUUUUGGAUUGAUGUGGAUAAGAUUGACUGUCCCAAAAACCAGGCCCAUCCAUGCAUAAAAAACGGCCUGGAGGUCCUGAAACGUGGAUCUUUUCGCACCUCGGAUGACACCUAUUGGAUGGAUUGUUUGGGUCUAGUUUUCAUUGCCGUGGUGUUUAACAUAAUGGCUUAUUGUUUCAUCAAGAAGUAUAUACGUCGCAGUGGUUAUUAUUAAAAAGUGAA